AUGUGUCAUGAUGAUUAUGAUGAUGAAGAAGAAUAUGAUGGUGGUGGUGGUGGUGGAGGUGGUGGUGUUGAGGGAGAGGAGGAGGAAGAAGAUGAUGAUCUAGUGGUGAGGAAAAUGAUUAUGGUACUAGAUGGUGACGAUAAUGGCAAUGAGGAAGUUGGUGAAGAUGAUAAUGAAGCAUAUGAUGAUGACGAUUAUGAAUAUUAUAAGGACGAUAACAAGGCAGAUGAAUAUGAUGAGGAUGAUGAUGAUGAGAAAGAUGAUGAACAAGAUAGCCCACGACACAUACAACAACGCCGGCCGCGGUGGCCCUUGGCCACGUCGUCAAGCACUGCAGCGGCGCAGUUGCGUGCUUUAAGUGUGCGCAAGCACACGACACACGCGACUGCAAAAAGCAGAAGGACGCCCCCUGUACCUGCGCCAACUGCGGCGGCGCACACGCGGCCAACGCCCGUUCCUGCGCCUACAGAAGAAAUUGGCGCGGACCUGACAAGAAGAAGACGCAGAAGCAAGUGA